GUCGGGGAGGGGACGCGGCCCGCCGCGCCCCGCAGGCCCAGAGGGGGGCGUUUUUAAAAUGCAGGUUUCCUGCCGGUGCCAGAAUCUGGAGUGAGAGCGAGACUGGAGCACCGCAGGGGAUUCUGCUUCCAAGUAAAGGAGCGACCAUGGCCUUGAACCCCCCCAGGAGCGGUUUUCUGAUGCUGCUGAUGACCUUGGGCCUCACCCAGGGUGACCCUGGGCGGCCCUUGCGAGGCCCGCUGCUGACCUGCACGUGUGAGAACCCCCACUGCAGGGGGCCCACGUGCCAGGGGGCCUGGUGCACAGUCGUGCUGGUACGGGAGGAGGGCAGACGCCCCCAGGAGCACCGCGGCUGCGGGAGCCUGCACCCGGAGCUCUGCAGGGGGCGCCCCACCGACUUCGUCAGCCACUACUGCUGCUACAGCCCCCACUGCAACCACAACGUGUCCCUGGUGCUCGAGGCCACCCAAACCCCUCCGGAGCACCCAGCCAACGGCCAGUUGCCUCUGAUCCUGGGCCCUGUGAUGGCCUUGCUGGUCCUGCUGGCUCUGGGUGCCCUGGGCCUGUGGCGCGUGCGGCGGAGGCAGGAGAAGCAGCGGGGCCUGUACAGCGACCUGGGCGAGUCCAGCCUCAUCCUGAAGGCAUCCGAGCAAGGGGACAGCAUGCUGGGGGACCUUGUGGACAGCAACUGCACCACGGGCAGCGGCUCUGGGCUCCCCUUCCUGGUGCAGAGGACAGUGGCACGGCAGGUGGCCCUGGUGGAGUGUGUGGGGAAGGGCCGCUACGGAGAGGUGUGGCGGGGCUUGUGGCACGGUGAGAGUGUGGCCGUGAAGAUCUUCUCCUCGAGGGACGAGCAGUCCUGGUUCCGGGAGACGGAGAUCUACAACACGGUGCUGCUGAGACACGACAACAUCCUAGGCUUCAUUGCCUCGGACAUGACCUCCCGCAACUCGAGCACGCAGCUGUGGCUCAUCACGCACUACCACGAGCACGGCUCGCUCUACGACUUCCUACAGAGGCAGACGCUGGAGCCCCAGCUGGCCCUGAGGCUGGCGGUGUCCGCGGCCUGCGGCCUGGCGCACCUGCACGUGGAGAUCUUCGGCACGCAGGGCAAACCGGCCAUCGCCCACCGCGACCUCAAGAGCCGCAAUGUGUUGGUUAAGAGCAACUUGCAGUGCUGCAUCGCGGACCUGGGUCUGGCUGUGAUGCACUCCCAGGGUAGUGAUUACCUGGACAUCGGCCACAACCCCAGGGUGGGCACCAAGCGGUACAUGGCGCCCGAGGUGCUGGAGGAGAAGAUACGCACCGACUGCUUCGAGUCCUACAAGUGGACGGACGUCUGGGCCUUUGGCUUGGUGCUGUGGGAGAUCGCCCGGCGGACCAUUGUCAAUGGCAUCGUGGAGGACUACCGGCCGCCGUUCUACGACGUGGUGCCCAAUGACCCCAGCUUCGAGGACAUGAAGAAGGUGGUGUGUGUGGACCAGCAGACUCCCACCAUCCCCAACCGCCUGGCUGCAGACCCGGUGCUGUCAGGAGUGGUACAGAUGAUGCGAGAGUGCUGGUACCCCAACCCCUCGGCCCGCCUCACCGCGCUGCGCAUCAAGAAAACCCUGCAGAAGCUCAGCAACAGCCUGGAGAAGCCAAAAGCGAUCCACUAGACUGGGGGCGGGCGCCCGUCUCCCCUCUGCCUGCAGGCGUGGGGCCGGGAGGCCGUGGAUGGUGGCCCAACUGACUGGGUACAGGUGGCGUUGAGAGUGAGAGCCGGGGAGGGGCUCCCCUCUCUGUGGGGCAGCUGCGCUCCGCCCAGCUCGGGCCCCCAGCCCAUCCAGCCAAAAUUACAGCCGGGCUGAAACCCGAUGCCCCGCCGUCUGGCCUGCUCUAAGCAGCCGGCUCCCUGACGCCAGGCUACAAAGACGCCAGGCUCCCUUCCUACCCCCGUGCCAGUGGGGGGUACCCCCUACCCCUCCCAAAGGACCGGAGCCAGGCGGCCAGGCCUGCGCUUGUGGACCCCCUGCCCUUCCCACCCCAGCCACCACAGUGGCACAGGGGCCCUGUCCAGCUAUCAGCAGACACGCGCUCCUGCCAGAGCCCAGACUCUGGCACAAGCCCCAGAUACCCAGAGCCCGUGCGUUUGUCUCCGUGGGUUUUGAGCUCAGCUCCGGGCUCUCUGUCUCCCAGACAAGACCCUGGCUAGGCGAGAACGCCGGCUCUCCCAGGCAGCCGGGGCCAGUGCCCUACCCCGCCUACUCCCCACCAUCCCAUCCACGGUGACUUCUUAGGGCAUUCAAAACUCCAGGGGUCCUGUUGAGGCAGUGGGAGAGUCCUAGGCCAGUGGACAGGCAUGGGUCAGAGGGGGGAGGCCCACAGCACUUGCAGGGGAACCAAGAGGACACCAGGGCCCACUCUGGCGGAGAGGCUGAGCUGGAGUCCGGGGCCCAGGUCUCGUCCUGGCCGCUUGCUCCACUGAUUUUCUUUGAAAUGUCGGUCUGUGUCUGAGUGGACGGUCAUCAGUGUCAUGUGCACCUUCGGCCCCAGUUCCUGGCUGUUGGGCCUCAAGACGGGGGAGGGGGGGAGUUUGCAAAGGACUUUAUUCCAGAAGUGUCUGCUGUGCCUCCUGGUCUAACUCUGCAAGCUGCAGAACCAGCCCCCACCCUCUUCUCCUUGGUCUUCUGGGCCACAGGGCUAGGGGUGAGGCCUCUGGGACUUCCAAGGCUCAAAAGAAAUUUUUUUUUUUUUUGACAGGCAGAGUGGACAGUGAGAGAGAGAGACAGAGAGAAAGGUCUUCCUUUGCCGUUGGUUCACCCUCCAAUGGCCGCCGCGGCCGGCGCGCUGCGGCCGGCGCACCGCGCUGAUCCGAUGGCAGGAGCCAGGAGCCAGGUGCUUUUCCUGGUCUCCCAUGGGGUGCAGGGCCCAAGCACCUGGGCCAUCCUCCACUGCACUCCCUGGCCACAGCAGAGGGCUGGCCUGGAAGAGGGGCAACCGGGACAGAAUCCGGCGCCCUGACCGGGACUAGAACCCGGUGUGCCGGCGCCGCUAGGCGGAGGAUUAGCCUAGUGAGCCGCGGCGCCGGCCUCAAAAGAAAUUUGACUCCAGCUUUUUUACACCAAGUACCUACUUCCUAUGGACCAGGGCCCAGGCCCCAGAGGGUAUAUGUCUUGGGAGAACUCAGUGGAAAAUGGCAAGGCGUUAUAUCCAUGUACUGAGCAGGUGGAUGGGCUGGGAGGAGGUGGAGCUUGUGAAAGUGUAAGGGGUGGGGGUGGGGCUCAGGCUGGGGACAAGGGCAGCCCGGGGCUUGGGAACACCUAGCCUGACAGCGAGCAACUCUUGGUAGGGUGGGGGCAAAGACGGCUUCCCCUCUCCCCGCUCCAUACACUCAGGCCAGCUUUGCACUUUCCCACGCCUGGCUCCGGGCAUUGUGCAAGGCCAGAGGGGAACCAGGAAGUGAGACUGGGCGAAAGCAGGCGGUGGAGUUGGGCUGGCUGCGUUCUCAGAGCACUCCUGCAGGGCCUCCCGCCCCCGGGGGGACCCGCCCAGGCCAGCAAUCCGGCUCCCUCCAGAAGGAAUUGGGGGCCAAACUCCCCUUGAGACGCCACAGCCAGAGACUGAAGGCAGCAGCUCUCCCAAACCGGAAAAUCCCGAAGAGGAGGCGUGAGGCAGGAGGAGGAGUGACAGCGAGGUGGGGAGAAGCAGCAGCGGCUUGGCGCCCGGCCUGCACGAAGGGUGGACAUCCCUCCUUACCUGGGGAUACCGUAUGUGGCAGCAUCUACCACGCGCCCAGCACCUAGUAGGUCCUCAAUAAACCGUGGUUGAAUCCUCA